CGUGCACGGAGCGCGAAACCUGAAGGCCGAAGUGCGCAGGCGUAUCAACGGUUUACCGGGACCAAAGGGCGAGGGCUAGUCGGAUUUGGGUUUGAGGUGCGGUGCGGUUCGGUGCUUUGGUCGCGUCCAAAAAAGAUCGAGAGCUCGUAGAUGAGUGUCUGACUGCAGGCACCGAGAAGGAGCGAUCAUCAUCUUCGCGAACCCUGGCCCGUCUCCGCCCGUUCGGGAAGCGGCGCGUCUCCCGUAAGACCGGCAGGCGAGUCUCCGGAGCUGGAGGUAGACGCUGAGGACGGUCCCUAUCCUGGUCCCAGCUCCAUCUCACUUCCUGUGGCGGACCCUAGCUGGCGGCGUUGUCCGGCGUGGCCUUCACGUUGGUAGGAGAAUUUGUAAGCCCCGUGCUGAGUAUCCCAUCCUAAGACAGCUCCUGCGGAAGCUGAAGUUGCCUUGAUUCUCGGGGUUACGGGACACUUCUUUCUGGUGACACCUGUCGGUCCCGGGCCGGAGACCCGGCUUCCUCCUGACGCGGGAGACUUGUCCAUCUCUACCAAAGGUUGGAGAAUUUAAGAUUGAAAGUCUGGUAGAGCAGAAGGUUAACGAUCAAUCACUGUUGGAUCUGAUAUGAAUGCCUUGGGGGAAAAAAAGAAGGGGGGGGGGGGCAGUUUCUUAGCUGUCCAAGUAGUGGUCAUACACUAGGACUCCGAAAACUGCCCAUGGUACUUACUUGGAUGUCAUAUCACCUGAAAGGAGCCCAGCUUAUUCUUUUCUUUUUCCCGAAUAAAUUGGAGCCGACCUAGGCAUUUAGUGAUGGCACAAUGAAGCUAUGAAAGAUGAGAAAACUGUCCCAUCUGUUAAAAUCCAAAUCAUAGACUACCUCUUAUGUGGAGAUUUCUCAGAUGCCCAUAGCAGGAAAAUGGCAGUUGGGCAGGAGCGUGUGGUUGCGCUGGUGGACAUGGAUUGCUUCUUUGUACAAGUGGAACAGAAGCAGAAUCCACAUUUGAGGAAUAAACCUUGUGCAGUUGUGCAGUACAAAUCAUGGAAGGGUGGUGGAAUAAUUGCAGUCAGUUAUGAAGCUCGUGCAUUUGGAGUUACUAGGAGUAUGUGGGCAGAUGAUGCUAAGAAGCUAUGUCCAGAUCUUCUACUAGCACAAGUUCGUGAGACCCGAGGGAAAGCUGACCUCACCAAGUACCGGGAAGCCAGUGUGGAAGUGAUGAAGGUGAUGUCUCGUUUUGCUGUGAUGGAGCGUUCCAGCAUCGAUGAGGCCUACGUAGAUCUAACAAGUGCUGUACAAGAAAGACUGCAGAAACUGCAAGCUCAGCCUAUCACAGCAAACUCGUUGGCAAGCACCUACAUCCAGGGGUUUCCCCAUGGCACUAGGGCCCUGGAGGGGCCUGUUCAAAAAGAUGAAAUACGAGAGCAAGGGGUAAUCCAGUGGCUUGAGUCUCUUUCCUUUGAUGACUCCAGCUCUCCAGACCUGCAGCUCACCGUGGGAGCAGUAAUUGUAGAGGAAAUGAGAGCAGCUAUAGAGAAGCACACCGGCUUUCAGUGCUCAGCUGGGAUUUCACACAACAAGGUCCUGGCAAAACUGGCCUGUGGAUUAAACAAACCCAACCGCCAGACACUGGUGUCACAUGGGUCUGUCCCACAACUCUUCAGUCAUCUGCCUAUUGGUAAAAUCCGUAGUCUUGGAGGAAAGCUGGGGGCUUCUGUUAUUGAUACCCUAGGAGUGGAGUAUAUGGGUGAGCUAACCCAGUUCACUGAACUCCAGCUCCAGAGUCACUUUGGGGAAAAGAAUGGGUCCUGGCUGUAUGCCAUGUGCAGAGGGAUUGAACAUGAUCCAGUAAAACCCAGGCAAUUACCCAAGACCAUUGGCUGCAGUAAGAAUUUCCCAGGGAAAACAGCCCUGGCUACUCAAGAGCAGAUACAGUGGUGGCUACUACAGUUAGCCCAGGAGUUGGAAGAAAGACUGACCAAGGACCGAGAUGAUAAUGACAGAGUGGCCACACAGCUGACAAUUAGCAUUCGGGUACAAGGAGACAAACGUCUUAGCAGCCUGCGCCGAGGCUGUGCCCUGGCCUGCUAUGAUGCCCACAGAAUGAGCAGUGAUGCCUUUGCUCUUAUCAGAAACUGCAAUACUGCUGCAAUCAAAGCUGAAUGGUCUCCUCCCCUCACCAUGCUCUUCCUCUGUGCCACCAAGUUCUCUCCUUCUGCUCCACCAUCUUGCACAGACAUCACCAGCUUUCUGAGCACUAACACGUCUCUUCAGAAGUCAGAUAUUGCCGGUUCAAAUGCUAAUGUUCUGGAAGGUGGGCCAAAGGCAGCAGCUACUAAGAGAGCCGCCAGUUCUCUGGAACUGCUUUUCCAAAAAGCUGCAGAGAAGCAGAAAGCCAGAGAGGCUUCCAUCCCAUCUUCUCCUGCUACCACUCAGGUCCCUGCAUCCAGUUCGCCACUGAAAUCCUCCUUACAAUUUUGCUGCAGCAGCACAACUGAAAUGGAGCCCUUCUUUAAACGAAAAAAUAGAGAGGCCCAAACACACCCGCAUCUUCAUAAUGGCUUUUCUGCACCUCUCCCUUCACAAAAUUCAUUGUCCGUGGCUAGAAAAAUUGCCGAGAACCAGUUUUCCCGGGAAGAGCCAGGUCACGAUGAGGUCCUAGAACCUAAACCCUCCACGCCUCCUCUAACAGAAAUGGUUUUGGCCCAGAGUGGGCCAAGUAGACUUGGUUCUUCUCUGGAUAGUACUGGCAACAUAGCUACUAGUGUCCCACCUUUUCCAGAUGCUGAGGACCACGUGUGCUGUGAGAAGUGUGGCUCUUUGAUAUUAGUGUGGGAAAUGCCUGAACACAUGGACUAUCACUUUGCAAUGGAACUGCAGAGCUCAUUCUUGGCACCCUCUUCUUCCAGGUCUUCAGCUGUCCCUGUUACUUCCCCUUCUAAGGCCAAGUCUUCAGUUGUUCCUGUUACCUCCCCUUCUAAGGCCAAAAGAAGUACCAAGAGCCCGUUGCCCUCAAGUUCCAAGCGCCUCAGACCUGAGGGUACUCGAACAUUGGAAUCAUUUUUUAAGCCAUUAACACGAUAGCUCUGGCUCAGGACUUACUGUCCUGGAUUUUAACAUUUUUGCCUGAAAUCCUAGAAACAGAAAUGUGUAUGUUGCUUUUUAAGAGAAAUUCAUAAUAAACUUUUUUUAGCACACACACAAAAUUAUUUUUACAACCCCACAUGGUGGGUCAUCCUGGAAUUCCCUUGAAUGAUGCUGUUUUUCUAAUUGGAGACCAUAGUGUGAAGACUUGAAAUCUUAAGUUCUUGAUAUUUAUUUCAGUGCUUUGUGCAGUUAGGUAUUUGAUAAAUACAGGCAUACCCUAGGUAAGGUGACUCUCAACCUGUGUUUCAUAGUAAUGUUAUAACCAAACACCACAGUAAUGAAUUAAGUUUGUGAAACCUUACAUAGUGUAGUUUGGCUGAUUUCCUAUUUAUAACACUUUUUGUGUGACUAAUUGCCCCUUGAAAGGUUGUUUCAUAGAACCAAUUAAUGGCAUUAGGCAGGGUAGUUCUAUAGUAACUAGACCAGUUAAUGACAAGUAAGGGUUUUAACGACAGUGAUUCUUCUUGUUGGCUUCCAAUCUUAGGGCUAGAGAUUUCCUUUUUAUUCUGAAGUAUAGUGGAUUUACUGGUACAAGUCAGGAAUUCUAGCCUGCAGAGAACGAAUUUUAAAGUAUGGUGUCACAGCCUCUGCAGAAGAAGUCUGGGACAUGGUUCUACCCUAGAUAGAGAAGCUGAUUCAUGUGAUAGAGGAUACUAAAGGCCAAGUCUAUAAAGGGUAUGCUGGGAAGAGUUUUGGAUUUAGAGCUUCAAGCUUGGGAUGCAGACCCUCUUCUUCCACUUACUACUUGUGUGAUGGGCAAAUCAUUUAACUUCUCUGGGCCUCAGUUUCCUCAUCUGUAAAAUGAAGAGGUUGGACUACACGGCCUUGAGGUCCCUUGCACUAUUCAUUUUAAGUGCUUAAUCCUGGUCAUCCCCCAUUACUUCCCAAAUUAGGGCUAUAAAUAAGAAACUGACUGUAAUAGACCUAUUCACAUGUAGGAUACUAACACACCCUUCCUUUUGUGUCUUUGCUUAAGCAAUUCCUUCUCUUAUCAACAUUCUGCCCACUUUGCUUUUAUUAAUGACUUUACUAUCUUUAUUGAUCAUUUUGCAUAAUUAUGUAUAAUAAAAUUUCAUGGAGUCUGGCAUAUGUAGUGCUCUUGGUUUUUUUAAUCUGUUACUUAUAAUAGAUUAAAACAGUACUCAUGACUCAAAUUAUCAUCUGUCUAAUGUUAGUGGUUUACCUCUGACUGGAAGGCUAGGAAAUAGUAAGCUUUCCUAUUCAUUUUUUGAAGUGAUAAAACUGGGCAUAUUUCUUAAAUAAAGCAUAUAAAAGUUUCCCCCAAAAAUUCUACCUCUCCUUCAAGAUCUGGAUCAUUCAGUCUUCCAUGACAUUCUUUAUAAUAAAUGCUGUUUGAA